AGUUCAAAGGGGGCCAUGCAAGCCUGGCCCGUGGGCGCGGUAGCAGGCCUCGGCGCCUUGGACACGGCCUACCUGACCUAUGCCAAGCUCACCUCGGUGCCCUUGGCCUGUCCGGCCAGCGGCGGCUGCACCGAGGUGCUGAACUCGAGCUUCUCCUCCGUGGGCCCGGUGCCUUUGUCGGCGCUGGGCCUCCUCGCCUAUCUGGGGGUGGUGCUGCUGAGCGUGAAGGGGGACAAAGAGCUGCUCUGGUGGCUGUGCUUCGCAAUGUCUGUGACGUCUUUGGGGCUGACGGGUGUGUUGGUCUUCGUGCUGAAGGCGCCCUGCCCCUACUGCGCAGCCAGCGCCUUCAUCACCGCCAUGCUGCUGGCUUUGGUGGAGACCAAGCGCGCCAGGGAGCUCGCGGCGGAGGCCGCGCCCGCGGUGAGCUCUGCGGGAGCUGCCACCGUGGUGGCAGUAGAGCCACAGGCUUUGGAAGAGGGGAGGGAGCCCGCGCCCGCGGCGGAGGCUGCGCCCGUGGCGGGGGCCGCGCCCGUGUCGGAGGCCGCGCCCGCGUCGGAGGCCACGCCCGCUUCGGAGGCCGCCUCCGCGUCGGAGGCCGCGCAAGCAGCAGAGGCCGCGCCCGCUUCGGAGGUGGCGCCCGCUCCGGAGGCCACGCCCGCUGCGGAGGCCGCGCCCGCUGCGGAGGCCGAGGCCGCGGCCGCGGCGGAGGCCCCCCCCGCGCUAAGCUUCGCGGGAGCCGCCGCCCUGGUGGCAGAGGCCUUCGCAGACGAGAGGCAGCCGCGGCGGGAGGUGUUGGCGCUCUCUGGGCUGCUUGCGCUGGGCGCCCUGCGUGCUGGCACGCUGCCCUCCAGGGAGUUCCAGAGCGCCUGGGCCUACUUCUCUCUCAUUGAGCAGUACAAGCCGAAUCACCCUCCGGUGCGCAGCUCCUCCUCCCAGGCGGAGAUGGCCCUGGCCAGACACCUCAGCCGGAUCGGCGCCGCCUGCUACUCCACCUGGUGGUGCCCCCACUGCCAGGAGCAGCGGGAGUCCUUCGGCAGGAAGGCCGUGGAGGUCGCGCCCUUUGUCGAGUGCUCCUCAAAGAACCGCAGGCAGCUGCCUGUAUGCAAGGAGCAAGACAUCGAAAGCUACCCGACCUGGGUGAUCAACGGCAAAAAGAUUCUGGGGGGCCGGGACUUGUCGGAGCUGGCGGAGCUGAGCGGCUUCACGGAGUUCCCUGCGGACGCCUUCAAGCCCCGGGACGACGCCCUGCUGGAGUACAUCUGGGGCCCCCCUGAGCCGGAGCCCUGAGCGCGCUGCCAGGAUC